AUGGUCCAGGGCGAGAUUCGCCUCCGUCGGAGGCUGAGAGACGCAGGCCUCAGCAACAUCGCCGAGGACGGUGCGCGCCUUGCGGCUGCGCUCACCGCCACCAGCAACGACGUGGAAAGGGCCUUUUGCCUCAUACGGGCGUCGCAAACGCCACGCGCAGCAGCGACGAGCGAGCCGCGCCAGCCUGGGAGCGCUGGGGCGGCCGGCGACUCGACGACGCUCAAGGUCAGAGUGGAGAUUGGCUUGUGGAGCGCCGGUGUGUCCCAGGUCAAGUUUUCGAAGGGCGGCCUCGAGUGGCGGCCGAGCAAGUCGCUGCCGAGUGACAACGGUACUCCGGACCUGAAGAUGAGCGCGAAUACCAUCAGCCACGCCACCGUCGACCGCCACCUCGGCAACCACAAGCUCAGCAUCAAGGGCACCAUCGUCGUCCCCAAUUAUGCGCUCUCCGCUCACUACGACCACGGCGCAGCCAAGGGAAACCCAAAGGCGUACCUCCACUUGGCGAGAGACAGCCAGCUCCACACGGCGGGCGCAGGCUCACAGCCCGAGGCCGCCUCCUCUUCUGCUGCUGCCGCCGCGCCAACGUCGCUGCUGAGCGAUUCCUCUCAGGCCGCCGCCACGCAAGUCGGCUCCAUCACAAACGAGCAGGACUUGCGGCACAGGCUCGUCCUCGAGAUUCAGUGCAAUCAGAUGCUCAAGCAGCAGCUUGCGAAGGCGAAGCAGUCGGCGGCUGCGGCGAGGGAGGCGGCUGCGGUGCAGACGCGGACGAGCGGGGCGGCCGCCGAGCCUGAUCCUCCACCCGUCGUCGCAGCCGCGGCUACUUCUCCCGCCCUGCUCGGUGUCGGCCUCGUCGGCCGCGGCCUCGGACGGCUCAGGUGCUUGCCUGCACCACAAACCUUCGCGCCGCAGCCGCCCUCUGCAGACGCGGUUGCGGCUUCGUCUGAGCUCGCCGCGCUCAAGGAGAGGCUCGCCGCGUCGGAGCGUGCCCGAACGCGCGCCGAGGGAGCUCUCGCCGCCGCGUCGCGCGAGACGCUGCUGCAGCGUUUUGUCGCCUUCGACGCGCAUCGCGACAGGCAGUUUUCGUGCCACAGAGGCUCCUUCUGGAAGGACGACAAGCGGUCGAGCCUUGGCACCUUCGCCUUGCGCCGCUCCUCGCUGGCGGUCGACGUCCUCGAGACGAUCCGGCGCGAGCUGUCGCCCUCCUCCGCCAUGUGGGCGCCGUUCCACGUGCAGAUGCUCCAGGACAGCAAGAUUGCGGCGGCAGACGAGUCCGUCUGCCGGGCUGUGACGGGGGAGAUGCACGUGAAGGAGGCAGGCGUGGAUCAGAGCGGCGUGACGAUCGACAUGUUCGCCCAGUUCUUCCGCAGCCUCCGCUCCCUGCCCGAGACGAGCCGCCUCUUUGAGCGGCACGGCACGGCGACUUGCGCGCUGCCGCUCCGCGACGCACUGGCCGGAGCCGAGCCCGCCUCCGAGGCCCCGCCCGCGAAGCGGCAGCGGAGGGCAGGAGGUGCCUCGAGUGGCGCUAGCGGAGCGGCUGUCGCGCCGCUCUCCAGCUGCGGCUCGCGGGAUCUCCUCGCGCUCGUUGGUCGGUUCAUCGCCCUCGCGCUCAUCCGCGGCGAUGGCCACUUUGUCGACGACCAGCUCCCAGACUUCGUCAUCGAGUUUCUCUCCACGGACAACUACCAGAGCCUGCAGCGACCGGACGGGGCGCUGGCAGCGCUCGAGCAGACGGGCCUUGCCGGCGAGUACACGCGCCCCCUGCUCGAGCGCGACAUCGAAGAGUUUGCUGAGCUCAUCGCGGAGGAGGCGUCGGACCUGCGGCUCUGGCACCUGUGCCGGCGGUGUGUGUGCGGGUGCACUGGCGACGCGCCCGGCGCGCCUCCCUGCAGCUGCGCCUGCUGGAGAGAGCCGCUCACCGAGGAGACGAAGCGAGCGCAGAUUGUUCGCGUCGCGAUGCACGACCUGUACGAGGUGCGCAAGGGUAGCCUGCGCGCCCUCAAGAAGGGCUUCCAAGGCGAGGAUCAGCCCGAGACGGACAGCUCGGGCGCGUACUUCUUCUCGCCGCAGCUGGGCAUCUUCUCUCCCGCCGAGGUCGCCCUCCGGCUGCGCGGGCAGGAGGUGACGACGCCCGACGAACUGCUGAAGGAGCUCAGCUUCCGCGCGCAGGAUGCGGACGAGCUGACGAGCUCGGGCGAGAUGGGCAAGACCUCCACUGCCGCCUUCGAGGCGACGCGCGAGUGGCUCAGCGAGUUUGUGAUGAAGCUCGAGGCGGCGGGCGUCAAGAACUUCCUCCGCUUCAUCACUGGCCUCUCCUCCGUCAAGGCCACGUCCACAGGCGAGCAGACGCCCAUCAUCGUCCACGUUUACCACGACCCCGUGGGGAAUACUCCAACCGCAUCGACGUGCACGCGUACGAUGCUGCUACCUGCCUACCAGUCGAGAGCAGACUUUGAGAAGAAGCUCAACUGGUCCCUCGAAGAGUUUCGCGUCAGAAGCAGCCAGAUCGGCGGCGCAGAGAUGGGCUGGCAAUGA